UUAUUUCCCCAAAACCAAACGUGCCCUAACAUGUAUUUGCAGAAUCAGCGAACUACUGAUCUCAAUAAAAACAGCCUUCUGCAACAAUUGAAACUCUGUGCCAGAGUGACGGCUGGAAGGGUGGAAGACGCCACAAAUCUGACAGAUGUCCUCGACAUUUAACGACAAAGCAGGGGAGUUUGGGGGAGAUACUCGGUACCUGAUGAAUAUUGAUGAUGGGUCAACAGGGGGAAGGCGACCUCUGGGUUUAGUGGGGUGGAUCGCAGCUGCUGCUGUGUGUCUGGUGCUUCUUCUGCUGACAGUGAUCUUGGUGGCACAUAAUACCAGUGCUAUCAACCGUUGGGACAGCAAGUAUGAAAACCUGAUUCACAACCUGACAAACCUGAGAGACAAGCAAGAUGCUCCAAAAGAUGGCCCUGACCAACAGAAAAUAAGUCCCAGCAACCAAACUCAAGACAGUGAUGCUCAAAGAGAAGAUAGAGAGUCUGUAAGAAAGGAACUUGAGGCUCUGAAGGAGGAGAGACCAGCUCUGAAAGAUGAGCGGGAUCAACUGAAGAUUCUCUCUGGCAACCUGACCGGAUUCAUAGAUGGCCUCAAAGAAGAGCGAGAGGCUCUUCGAGGUGAGCGAGGGGCUCUCAUAGCCGAGCGAGGUGCUCUGAAAGAUGAGCGAGAGAAUCUGCAGCUUCUAACCCUCAACUUGACCAGAGAAAGAGAUGCUCUGACAGGCGAGAGAGGGGCCCUGGCGGCCGAGCGAGGGGCCCUCACAGCGGAGCGAGGUUCUCUGAAAGAUGAGCAAGAGAACCUGAAGCUUCUAAACCUCAACUUGACCAGAGACAAAGAUGCUCUCACAGGCGAGAUAGAUGCUUUAAGAGAUGAGCGAGACCAACUGAAGACGCACAGCAGUAACCUGACAGCAGAGUUGGAGGAGCUGCAGAGCCAGUACAACAGAGUGGUUGGAACUCGUGACGUGCUUCAAGAGCAGCUCAAUAACCUCUUACUCAAUCAUACAGUCGAAACUUGCCUCCCAGGAUGGUUAUUGUUCCAGAAGAAGUGCUACUAUUUCUCUCCAGAAGGCCAGCUUAAAACCUGGGAAGAUAGCAAACAAAACUGCAAAUCGAAAGGAGGGAUUCUGGUGAUGCCGAAGACAAAAGCUGAACUGACAUUUGUCAGCAAAGGUAACAGCUAUACCUGGAUCGGCCUUUCGGACCGGGCCACGGAAAGCAAGUGGCUGUGGGAAGAUGGGACUAAUAUGGAGAGUCAGGGAUUCUGGAAAGAUGGGGAGCCAAAUAACGCUGGGGACGAGGACUGUGCAGAGAUUUCCCGCAGUGAGAUGAAACUGAAUGAUGCACCUUGUAUCAAACAGUUUUCAUGGGCAUGUGAGGCUGAAAGCCUGGUCAACAAUCCCAACCAGUCUUAAAAUAUCCCACUGUCAAAGCCCCCACCCUCACCCCCUCAAAAUAAACCUGAUGGAUGAUUAAAUUACUCUCUCUGAAUAUGUAUGAAGUGAUAGAGUCAUGAAAAUUGCUUUUUGGAUUUCAGAUUUCUUGUUCUAUUUUUAUACAUUGAUAAAAGCCGAGCUCUUUGAAUAUAUUUAAGCUGUUGAGUUGCUUCUUCUCUUUAAUGUUUUAAGAGGGGAUGUAUUGUGAAAGAUGACACUGAAUGAGUUCCCUUUAACUCUCACCGUAUGGCUUAUUGAGAGCAUUUCUGCAUUGUCCUGUAACACAAUAAGUAAAUCAAGUCUUGGGGUAUUAUGCACAAUGUUGUAUCUUUUUUUUUUUCAUUGAUUUUGAAAUAAACAAUAAACAUGUA